UUAUCUAUGCUUUCAUCUUGUUUGUGGUUUUAAAGUAAAGUAAAUCAAAGAAUAGCCUAUUAAGAUUAAUCUAUGAUGGAUGUACACAAGUGUGGAGAUUGUCAAGAAGAGUUUAAUUCAUAUGAGACCUUCCUAAUCCACAAAUUACUCAUUGAACAAUAUAAACUGACCCUUGAAAGUUCCCUCAGGAUUCCUAGUCUUCGAUUACCCAAAUUCAUAAAAAUAAACCAAGUUCCCAAACCCAGUGUUGCAAUAAAAGAAACACCAGCAAAAACCUCCUUUUCUACGGACAAAGAAAAUGGACAGUCCGAAAUGUGUAAAAAACCCAAAACAUUUGAUGCUCCUGAGCUUUUAAAUGUGAUGGAUGCAGCUUGUGAUCCCAUCAUCGAGAUCAUUGUGGAUGCAACAAACUCUGGCGAUGACGCAGCAAAUGAAACUGUUAAUGAUGAUGCUGCAACUAAUGUUGUCAGGGAUGAUGUUGUAAACAAUGAUGUUGUCAGUGAUGAUAUUGCAGUGAACAAUGAUGUUGUUAGUGGUGAUAUUCCAGUGCAAGAUGGCAUUGUCGGUGAUGAUAUUGUAAACAGUGACAUUGUCAGCGAUGAUAUUCUGCACAACAAUGAUGAUGCGAGUGAUGACAGCAACUCUGUCGGGAGCCAACCUGAGUCACUGCGGAUAGACGAGGGUGUAGUGAAGGAGAUGUCUCCAGUAGAUACUAACUCUGAAUUUGAAAAUGACAAUACAAAAGAAUUUUACUGCAAAGAGUGCAAGCGUUAUUAUAAAAACAGAGUGAUAUUGAGAGUGCAUGAGGAGACAGUUCACAGUACAAGCAGGCCUCACGUUUGUCAAUGGUGUCGUCUGGGCUUCAAGACUAAGGGAUCUCUAGUCAGACACUGCCGCACUCACACUGGGGAACGACCGUUCUCCUGUGGGCAAUGUUUGAAAGCCUUCCUCGACUCGGGCAGUCUGGCAAGACAUGUUCACAGGGUUCAUCGCAAGCGACCUUUCAAACAGCCGAGUGAUGUGAAAGUAGUCAUUGCAAGACUUGAGGUGGAGACCGAGAAAACUAAGACUCAAGAAACAUUGGGAAGCUGAACACUCUCCUCACCAUGAAUGAAUGAGUUGUAAUCAUGGCACUGCAAGUAACCAUCACUCUGCUUCCCCGCUCUUUCCAGGAUAUUCCGGACCUGAUCAGCCGACUUCAAGAAAAAUUCCCGAACACGACACUCGCAGAAACUGCAUCCGACGAUGGGAUCGUACGGAUAGUGGAGAUCCCGAAUAAAGCAGACCUUCCUCGUAGAAGUCGUCUAUGAGAGGCCUUUAAACCCUAUGCCCGUCUUGUAGCCAGGGUAGCGCCUGCACGCAAACCUCAUGCCCUUGGUCUCCAUCGAUUCAACAGAUGAUCAACCUCAAAUCCUACCCGUCAAAGCUCAGAAUCCCCACAAUUCCCCUGCCCCCAGCCCUGUCCAAUUGGGCAACACGACAAGGAACUCUUCCUAGCAUUAGAACGACAGG